AUGAGCUACUCACAGGUUCAUCUGCCUGGAGAGAUUCUUGAAAACAUUUUUACUUUCGUACAACAACAACCUCAGCAAAAGCACACCCCUCAGGAUGGCAAACGUCCGCUCGGGGAUCUUCACGCAUGCUCGUUGGUGUCUCGAGCGUGGCGUCCCUUCGCCCAGGCACAGCUCUUCGCUGUGGUCAAGUUUUUUUUUUUUGAAGAUCCUCCGAACUCUAGAGACGCGGGUCAUGUAGAGGCUGGCUGGUCUCAUGGUGCUAUAACCCUCGGGAAGCUCCAUGCGUUCUUCGCUCGUUCUCCCCAUCUGGCCUCGCGCGUCCGCUUCCUCGAUGUCAAGCACGCAUCAUCCCAAUUCUUUUCCGCCACGUAUUUCAUGCAUGAUAUCAAGAAGAGCCAAUCGAUCGAUGCAAAGUCGCUUUUUACGCUGCUCAAGCUGUUUCCUCGACUGCACGCUCUAUCUCUCAGCAAUGUGAUACUAAAGGACCUUCCCGCUCUAGAACAGCGGCUCACCAUUCCGCGAUUGAAGAUAGCAUACAACCUCCUUUUCUGCCAGGUUAUAAUGCAAGAUGUCAUGGGUCUUAUACUCCUCUUCGAGAAGGCUAAUCUGCUGGAGGUCUUCUGCUACCCGUGCCACCCAGCCCCAUCCGUAGUAUCGGACCGGACCGUGCCGAAGCCUGUAGAGGUCACCUCUUUGUCUUUGCCCAGACGCUGGUAUCCAGUCAAACUGUACACGACGCUGUCGCACUGCCUCGCCAUAGAUGGGAUACGCGACCUCGAACUCUCGCACGCAUGUCUUCCUACGCUUCAACCACUCCUAGGCCAGAUUGGGCAGAACAUAACGUCCCUGACGGUCAACAUGUCACAACAAAGGUGGUUACCAGACAUACGAGGAUGGCGAAAACUACGGAAGCUAAUGGUCGUUUUCGGCACUACUUACUUCCACUCAGGUGAUUGGGAAUGGCACUCUGAACGGCUUUCAGAAUACAUGAAGGCAUCCCCGUCCCUCUCCGCAAACCGUGAACUCCGCGACUUCACUAUCCGCUUUGUCACGGAUGCUUGGGGGUUUCGCGAUCUCGACAGCACGUGGAGUCGCAAAUUUUUCAACACCCUCGAUGAGGUGCUUGUCACCGCCAUUAGCCGGUCGUCGUUCGACUACAUCACACUAGAACCCUCCUCUGGAGGCGGAGAGCCCAUCGAGCGAGCUGUGUUUGAGAAUUUCGUGCAGUUGGCGUUUCCUAUCCUCAGCCAGAAAGGCAUGUUGCGGACCAUCAUCCGUGACCCUUUCGACCCGUUGUUAGGUGUGUAUUCCUCAAGUUGCGAUGAUGCGCAUUUUGACCAUGUGCGGAAUCCUAAAGACAGAUACCUGGUGUGCUGCCACUAG